GGGCUGGAGCGAAAGACUGCGGGGGCUGAGCGCAGAAGCGGCUCGAGGCUGGAAGAGGAUCCAGGGCGCCGCCAGUCUCUCUCUGUUGCCCAAGCUGGAGUGCAGUGGCACAGUCUUGGCUCACUGCAACCUCCACCUCCUGGGUGCAAGCGAUUCUCGUGUCUCAGCCUCUGAAGUAGCUGGGAUUACAGUCUUUAGCACCAGUUGGUGUAGGAGUUGAGACCUACUUCACAGUAGUUCUGUGGACAAUCACAAUGGGAAUCCAAGGAGGGUCUGUCCUGUUCGGGCUGCUGCUCGUCCUGGCUGUCUUCUGCCAUUCAGGUCAUAGCCUGCAGUGCUACAACUGUCCUAACCCAACUGCUGACUGCAAAACAGCCGUCAAUUGUUCAUCUGAUUUUGAUGCGUGUCUCAUUACCAAAGCUGGGUUACAAGUGUAUAACAAGUGUUGGAAGCUUGAGCAUUGCAAUUUCAAGGACCUCACAACCCGCUUGAGGGAAAAUGAGCUAACGUACUACUGCUGCAAGAAGGACCUGUGUAACUUUAACGAACAGCUUGAAAAUGGUGGUAACGAACAGCUUGAAAAUGGUGGUAACGAACAGCUUGAAAAUGGUGGGACAUCCUUAUCAGAGAAAACAGUUCUUCUGCGGGUGACUCCAUUUCUGGCAGCAGCCUGGAGCCUUCAUCCCUAAGUCAACACCAGGAGAGCUUCUCCCAAACUCCCCGUUCCUGCGUAGUCCGCUUUCUCUUGCUGCCACAUUCUAAAGGCUUGAUAUUUUCCAAAUGGAUCCUGUUGGGAAAGAAUAAAAUUAGCUUGAGCAACCUGGCUAAGAUAGAGGGGCUCUGGGAGACUUUGAAGACCAGUCCUGUUUGCAGGGAAGCCCCACUUGAAGGAAGAAGUCUAAGAGUGAAGUAGGUGUGACUUGAACUAGAUUGCAUGCUUCCUCCUUUGCUCUUGGGAAGACCAGCUUUGCAGUGACAGCUUGAGUGGGUUCUCUGCAGCCCUCAGAUUAUUUUUCCUCUGGCUCCUUGGAUGUAGUCAGUUAGCAUCAUUAGUACAUCUUUGGAGGGUGGGGCAGGAGUAUAUGAGCAUCCUCUCUCACAUGGAACGCUUUCAUAAACUUCAGGGCUCCCGUGUUGCCAUGGAGGCAUGCCAAAUGUUCCAUAUGUGGGUGUCAGUCAGGGACAACAAGAUCCUUAAUGCAGAGCUAGAGGACUUCUGGCAGGGAAGUGGGGAAGUGUUCCAGAUAGCAGGGCAUGAAAACUUAGAGAGGUACAAGUGGCUGAAAAUCGAGUUUUUCCUCUGUCUUUAAAUUUUAUAUGGGCUUUGUUAUCUUCCACUGGAAAAGUGUAAUAGCAUACAUCAAUGGUGUGUUAAAGCUAUUUCCUUGCCUUUUUUUAAUUGGAAUGGUAGGAUAUCUUGGCUUUGCCACACACAGUUACAGAGUGAACACUCUACUACAUGUGACUGGCAGUAUUAAGUGUGCUUAUUUUAAAUGUUACUGGUAGAAAGGCAGUUCAGGUAUGUGUGUAUAUAGUAUGAAUGCAAUGGGGACACCCUUUGUGGUUACAGUUUGAGACUUCCAAAGGUCAUCCUUAAUAACAACAGAUCUGCAGGGGUAUGUUUUACCAUCUGCAUCCAGCCUCCUGCUAACUCCUAGCUGACUCAGCAUAGAUUGUAUAAAAUACCUUUGUAACGGCUCUUAGCACAGUCACAGAUGUUUGAGGCUUUCAGAAGCUCUUCUAAAAAAUGAUACACACCUUUCACAAGGGCAAACUUUUUCCUUUUCCCUGUGUAUUCUAGUGAAUGAAUCUCAAGAUUCAGUAGACCUAAUGACAUUUGUAUUUUAUGAUCUUGGCUGUAUUUAAUGGCAUAGGCUGACUUUUGCAGAUGGAGGAAUUUCUUGAUUAAUGUUGAAAAAAAAACCCUUGAUUAUACUCUGUUGGACAAACCGAGUGCAAUGAAUGAUGCCUUUCUGAAAAUGAAAUAUAACAAGUGGGUGAAUGUGGUUAUGGCCGAAAAGGAUAUGCAGUAUGCUUAAUGGUAGCAACUGAAAGAAGACAUCCUGAGCAGUGCCAGCUUUCUUCUGUUGAUGCCAUUCCCUGAACAUAGGAAAAUAGAAACUUGCUUAUCAAAACUUAGCAUUACCUUGGUGCUCUGUGUUCUCUGUUAGCUCAGUGUCUUUCCUUACAUCAAUAGGUUUUUUUUUUUUUUUUUUUGGCCUGAGGAAGUACUGACCAUGCCCACAGCCACCGGCUGAGCAAAGAAGCUCAUUUCAUGUGAGUUCUAAGGAAUGAGAAACAAUUUUGAUGAAUUUAAGCAGAAAAUGAAUUUCUGGGAACUUUUUUGGGGGCGAGGGGGUGGGGAAUUCAGCCACACUCCAGAAAGCCAGGAGUUGACAGUUUUGGAAGCCUCUCUCAGGAUUGAGAUUCUAGGGUGAGAUUGGCUUACUGCUAUCUUGUGUCGUGUACCCAGUUUUUGGCCAGACUACACUGGGAAGAAGGUAGUCCUCUAAAGCAGAAUCUGAGUGCCACUAAAUGGGGAGAUGGGGCUGUUAAGCUGUCCAAAUCAACAAGGGUCAUAUAAAUGGCCUUAAACUUUGGGGUUGCUUUCUGCAGAAAGUUGCUGUGACUCAUGCCAUAGACAAGGUUGAGUGCCUGGACCCAAAGGCAAUACUGUAAUGUAAAGACAUUUAUAGUACUAGGCAAACAGCACCCCAGGUACUCCAGGCCCUCCUGGCUGGAGAGGGCUGUGGCAAUAGAAAAUUAGUGCCAACUGCAGUGAGUCAGCCUAGGUUAAAUAGAGAGUGAAGAAUGCUGGACAGGAACCUCCACCCUCAUGUCACAUUUCUUCAAUGUGACCCUUCUGGCCCCUCUCCUCCUGACAGCAGAACAAUGACUGCCCCGAUAGGUGAGGCUGGAGGAAGAAUCAGUCCUGUCCUUGGCAAGCUCUUCACUAUGACAGUAAAGGCUCUCUCCUUGCUGCCAAGGCCUGUGACUCUAACCUGGCCUCACGCUGGGUAAGCUUAAGGUAGAGGUGCAGGAUUAGCAAGCCCACCUGGCUACCAGGCCGACAGCUACAUCCUCCAACUGACCCUGAUCAACGAAGAGGGAUUCAUGUGUCUGUCUCAGUUGGUUCCAAAUGAAACCAGGGAGCAGGGGAGUUAGGAAUCGAACACCAGUCAUGCCUACUGGCUCUCUGCUCGAGAGCCAAUACCCUGUGCCCUCCACUCAUCUGGAUUUACAGGAACUGUCAUAGUGUUCAGUAUUGGGUGGUGAUAAGCCCAUUGGAUUGUCCCCUUGGGGGGAUGAGCUAGGGGUGCAAGGAACACCUGAUGAGUAGAUAAGUGGAGCUCAUGGUAUUUCCUGAAAGAUGCUAAUCUAUUUGCCAAACUUGGUCUUGAAUGUACUGGGGGCUUCAAGGUAUGGGUAUAUUUUUCUUGUGUCCUUGCAGUUAGCCCCCAUGUCUUAUGUGUGUCCUGAAAAAAUAAGAGCCUGCCCAAGACUUUGGGCCUCUUGACAGAAUUAACCACUUUUAUACAUCUGAGUUCUCUUGGUAAGUUCUUUAGCAGUGUUCAAAGUCUACUAGCUCGCAUUAGUUUCUGUUGCUGCCAACAGAUCUGAACUAAUGCUAACAGAUCCCCCUGAGGGAUUCUUGAUGGGCUGAGCAGCUGGCUGGAGCUAGUACUGACUGACAUUCAUUGUGAUGAGGGCAGCUUUCUGGUACAGGAUUCUAAGCUCUAUGUUUUAUAUCAUUUUCAUCUGUACUUGCACCUCACUUUACACAAGAGGAAACUAUGCAAAGUUAGCUGGAUCGCUCAAGGUCACUUAGGUAAGUUGGCAAGUCCAUGCUUCCCACUCAGCUCCUCAGAUCAGCAAGUCUACUUCUCUGCCUAUUUUGUAUACUCUCUUUAAUAUGUGCCUAGCUUUGGAAAGUCUAGAAUGGGUCCCUGGUGCCUUUUUACUUUGAAGAAAUCAGUUUCUGCCUCUUUUUGGAAAAGAAAACAAAGUGCAAUUGUUUUUUACUGGAAAGUUACCCAAUAGCAUGAGGUGAACAGGACGUAGUUAGGCCUUCCUGUAAACAGAAAAUCAUUUCAAAACACUAUCUUCCCGUCUGUUUCUCAAUGCCUGCUACUUCUUGUAGAUAUUUCAUUUCAGGAGAGCAGCAGUUAAAUCCGUGGAUUUUGUAGUUAGGAACCUGGGUUCAAACCCUCUUCCACUAAUUGGCUAUGUCUCUGGACAAGUUUUUUUUUUUUUUUUUAAACCCUUUCUGAACUUUCACUUUCUAUGUCUCCCUCAAAGAAUUGUUGUGAGGCUUGAGAUAAUGCAUUUGUAAAGGGUCUGCCAGAUAGGAAGAUGCUAGUUAUGGAUUUACAAGGUUGUUAAGGCUGUAAGAGUCUAAAACCUACGGUGAAUCACAAUGCAUUUACCCCCACUGACUUGGACAUAAGUGAAAACUAGCCAGAAGUCUCUUUUUCAAAUUACUUACAGGUUAUUCAAUAUAAAAUUUUUGUAAUGGAUAAUCUUAUUUAUCUAAACUAAAGCUUCCUGUUUAUACACACUCCUGUUAUUCUGGGAUAAGAUAAAUGACCACAGUACCUUAAUUUCUAGGUGGGUGCCUGUGAUGGUUCAUUGUAGGUAAGGACAUUUUCUCUUUUUCAGCAGCUGUGUAGGUCCAGAGCCUCUGGGAGAGGAGGGGGGUAGCAUGCACCCAGCAGGGGACUGAACUGGGAAACUCAAGGUUCUUUUUACUGUGGGGUAGUGAGCUGCCUUUCUGUGAUCAGUUUCCCUAGGGAUGUUGCUGUUCUCCUCCUUGCUAUUCGCAGCUACAUACAACGUGGCCAACCCCAGUAGGUUGAUCCUAUAUAUGAUCAAUGCUGGUGCUGACUCUCAAUAGCCCCACCCAAGCUGGCUGUAGGUUUACAGAUACAUUAAUUAGGCAACCUAAAAUAUUGAUGCUGGUGUUGGUGUGACAUAAUGCUAUGGCCAGAACUGAAACUUAAGAGUUAUAAUUCAUGUAUUAGGGUUCUCCAGAGGGACAGAACUAGUAGGAUAUAUGUAUAUAUGAAAGGGAGGUUAUUAGGGAGAACUGGCUCCCACAAUUAGAAGGCGAAGUCGCACAAUAGGCCGUCUGCAAGCUGGGUUAGAGAGAAGCCAGUAGUGGCUCAGCCUGAGUUCAAAAACCUCAAAACUGGGGAAGCUGACAGUGCAGCCAGCCUUCAGUCUGUGGCCAAAGGCCCAAGAGCCCCUGGCAACCCACUGGUGCAAGUCCUAGAUUCCAAAGGCUGAAGAACCUGGAGUCUGAUGUCCAAGAGCAGGAAGAGUGGAAGAAAGCCAGAAGACUCAGCAAACAAGGUAGACAGUGUCUACCACCACAGUGGCCAUACCAAAGAGGCCACCAAUUCCUUCCUGCUACCUGGAUCCCUGAAGUUGCCCUGGUCUCUGCACCUUCUAAACCUAGUUCUUAAGAGCUUUCAAUUACAUGAGCUGUCUCAAAGCCCUCCAAUAAAUUCUCAGUGUAAGCUUC